AUGGCGCCCCCCCGCGCCGCCAAGCGGCCCAAGCUCGAGGGCUCCUCCUCCUCCUCCGCCCACGCCCAGCGGGGCGAGGACGACUACGUGCCGGGCAACAUCGUCGAGAUCGAGCUCGGCAACUUCAUGACCUACGACCGCCUCGUCUGCCGCCCCGGCCCGCGCCUCAACCUCGUCGUCGGGCCCAACGGAUCCGGCAAGAGCUCGCUCGUCUGCGCCAUCGCGCUCGCCCUCGCCGCCGACCCCGCCAUCCUCGGCAGGGCCUCCAGCGUCAGGGCCUUCGUCAAGCGCGGGGAGGACUCCGGACACGUCAAGCUCUCCCUCCGCGGCGACGCGCCUGGCCAGGACAUCUGCAUCACCCGCAAAAUUGACACCAACAACAAGUCCGAGUGGCUCCUCGACGGUGCCAGCGUCCCCAAAAAGGACAUCAUAGAUGUCAUCAAGAAGUUCAACAUCCAAAUUAACAACUUAACUCAGUUCCUGCCGCAAGAUCGGGUGUGCGAGUUUGCAAAGCUGACUCCCAUCCAGCUGCUAGAAGAGACCGAGAAGGCCGUCGGCGAUCCUAAUUUACCUGUGCAGCAUCGCCUGCUCAUAGAAAGGAGCAAGGAGCUCAGGGUUCUCGAAGUGACUGUAAAGCAAAAGGAGCAGACCUUGAACAACUUAAAAGCUCUCAACGCUGAGCAAGAAAAAGAUGUCGAACGUGUCCGGCAGAGAGAUACGCUUCUGAAAAAGGCUGAGCUAAUGAAGAAGAAGCUGCCAUGGCUCAAGUACGACAUGAAGAAGCUGGAAUUCAUGAAGGUGCAGGAGGAGGAGAAAACCUUCAAGAUGACCAUGGAAGCAGCAGCCAAAAUCUGGCAAGAUGCAAAAGCCCCCAUCGAAGAGCUCAAGAAAGACAAAAUGACUCAUGCUUCAACUACCAAGAAGAUAACCAACCAAAUAAAUCAAAACACAAACAAGCGUCGGGAAGUUACAGACGAGGAAGGGCAGCUGAGUGCACGAUUGAAAACCACGUUUGAUGACAUAGAAGAUCUGAAAAGGCAAGAAAGAUCUCGGCAACAAAGGAUCUCGAAUGCUAGGGAUGCUCUUGCUGCUGCUGAAAAGGAACUUCAGGAUUUACAACCAUACGAACCACCUAGAGCUGAAAUGGCACAACUGACGGAUAAAAUUGCACAAACAACUUGUGGCAUACACGAGCUGAAGCUCAGACGGAAUGAUAAGGAGCGUCAGUUAGCUCAGGAGAAAGACAGUCUGAGGAAGUGUUCUGAUAGGUUGAAGCAAAUGGAAAGUAAGAACAAUAAGCUACUCCAAGCAUUGGAAAGAACUGGUGCUGACAAAAUCAGUGAAGCAUACUACUGGGUGCAAGAUAACAAAAAUAUGUUCAGGGCAGAAGUUUAUGGGCCUGUUCUCCUUGAGGUUAAUGUUCAGAAUAAGACUCACGCUGCUUACUUGGAAAACCACGUUCCCAAUUACGUAUGGAAGUCAUUCAUUACCCAGGAUGCUUCCGACCGUGAUCUCUUGGUUAGGCAACUGAAGCAUUAUGGUAUUCCUGUUCUGAACUGUGUGAACAAUAACUACAGGUGUGAGCCACUGAACAUUACCCGGGAGAUGGAGCAACUUGGGAUCAAAUCACGACUUGAUCAAGAAUUUGAAGCUCCUCCUGCUGUAAAAAAUGUUUUGAUUACCCAGGCUUCUGUGGAUCAAUCGUAUAUAGGUACAGAUCGAGCAGAUGAAAGGGCAGAUGAGGUGGUAAAGUUAGGUAUUUCUGACCUUUGGACUCCACGUAACCAUUAUCGAUGGUCCAGAUCAAGAUAUGGCGGUCAUGUGUCAGCAAAUGUUGAUUCAGUCUAUCCGUCUCGUCUAUUCAUGUGUGACUUGAAUAUUAGUGACAUUGAAAGGCUUCGAUCUGAAAACGAUGCACUUAAGAAAAAAGUUGAAGGCAUGGAGGAAGCCUUAAGAGAGCUCCAGAAAGACCAGAGAAAAUUAGAAGAUGAAGAGGCAGAAUUCCGCAAGGAAAAGGAGACUAUUACUGACAAGGUGAGGUUCCAUAAGAAGAGGAGAGAAGAAAUACAAAGGCGUGUAGAUAUUAAAAGAAGAACUCUGGAGGACAUAUCUCAAGAGGAGGAUGUGGAAUCCAGCACAAGAAAGCUUACUGAUCAGCUAGCUAAGUUAAACGAUCAACGAUUUCGAGCUGUGAUAAAACUCAAGAGUUUACUUGUUGAAGCUGUUGCUCUCAAAUGGAGUUCUGCAGAAAAGAACAUGGCUUUUAUUGAGCUUGAUACAAAGAUAUGGGAGAUGGAAAAGGAUGUGAAGAAAUUUGAAAAGGAUGCUGUACAGGCUGCCAAAGGAUAUGAAAACUGUAAAAGAAUCACUCAAGAGCAUCGACAGGUACUGCUUAAGGCAAAACAGCAUGCCGAGUCAAUAUCUGUGAUCACCGAAGACCUUGCAAAAGAGUUUGAGAAGAUGCCUAGUACAGUAGAAGAACUGGAAGGUGCAAUACAGGAUACUGAAGCUGAAGCAAAUUCUAUGCUGUUUCUUAACCAAAAUGUGUUGCAGGAGUAUCAAAACAGGCAGCGCGAGAUAGAAUCAAUAUCAACAAAACUUGAAGAUGAUAAAGUAGAAUGUGAGAGAUGCUGCUCUGAAAUAGAAACUACAAAGGGUAAAUGGCUGCCAACUCUCCGGUCGCUUGUUUUAAAAAUAAAUGACACCUUUAGUCGCAACUUCCAAGAAAUGGCUGUAGCUGGAGAAGUUUCACUUGAUGAGCAUGGUCUCGAUUUUAGUCAAUAUGGCAUUCUUAUAAAAGUAAAGUUCAGGCAAACUGGUCAGUUGCAGGUGCUAAGUGCUCAUCACCAGUCUGGAGGGGAGCGGUCAGUUUCUACCAUCCUGUAUCUUGUAUCGCUUCAAGAUCUUACCAACUGCCCAUUUCGGGUGGUUGAUGAGAUAAAUCAAGGAAUGGAUCCUGUAAAUGAGAGGAAAAUGUUCCAGCAGCUUGUCAGAGCCGCGAGCCAACUGAACACACCACAGUGCUUCCUGCUGACGCCUAAGUUACUGCCUGAUCUGGUAUACAGCGAGGCGUGCAGCAUAUUGAACAUCAUGAAUGGUCCGUGGAUUGAGAAGCCAGCCCUAGCUUGGAGUGCGGGAGAUUGCUGGAGAAAGGUGAUGAGCGUGGAGGCUGGGAACUGACUGACCUGACCACACUGCUUUUGGGUGGUUAAUCUAAGAAUCCAUUAAUGUAAAUAUAUCUAGGUUCGAGUAGGAGUGGUUGCUUUGGCUUCAUUAUCCACAGCAGAAGCAAAUCAGAGACCUUUGUUAAGUUGGUAGUAACCCAGUCUAUUUAUCAGCAGCUGGUCUAGUCCUGAUUGAAUAGCUAAGCUAAGGGGCGACGAUGAUGUAAAUUAGGACAUAAUAACUAUCCUUUUGGCCAUAUUAAAUGAACAACUUGUACAGGCUAAGUUUAACUUCA